AUGGCGUCAAGCGCCGCCCGCGGGCCGUCGUGCCGGGAGCGGAGCCUCCGGGAGCGGCCGGGUCGACGAUCGGGUUGUGCCGGGCGGAGCCGGAGCCGUAGUGGGGAGCGGGAGGGUGAACAGAGAGUACUCCGGGAGGUGCUGCCGGCGGGAGAUCUGGACUGUGAGGAUGGAGAAGAAGCUGCCAAAGCCCCGAAAAAACCCGCGCGGCUCCAAGUCGGUCCCGACGGGGCGGCGGAGGGGCGCGGCGAAAGCUCCGCCAACGGGGCCGUGCCACCCCCACGGGCUGCCGGGAAGCGCGGCAGGAAGGGCAAGGCCGAGGUGCUGCUGUUGGAGCUGUCCCGGGCCCCGGAGCCCAUCCAGAUGGAAAAGGGGCUGGGGAGCAGCGAGGACGGAGACGGCCUUGAGACCCCUCGGGGCGGGCGGCCCAAGAGGAGGGCAGCCAAGGUGGCUCUGCUGUACCUGCAGGAGCUGGCGGAGGAGCUGAUGCCCGCGUGCCAGCCCCCUGCUCCAGCCGAGGGGGCACCCGAGCAAGUCCAGAGGAGGCGCCGGGGCCGGAGGAGGAAGGAGGAGGACACAGACAGCGACGACCCUGCACAAGAUGCUGACUUCGUGCCCUCACAGGAAGUGCUGCAGGCGGAGGAGGAGGAGGAGGAGGGCAGCGACGCGCCAUUCAGUGAGGCGUCGGAGCCAGAGCUGGAGGCGCCUCGAGGGCACGGCGGGAGGACGGCAGCCACAGGGAGAUCCAAGCCCCAGUGCCGAGGUCUCGCCCCCAACGGCUUCCACAACUCCAUCAUGGCCCCGGUGGAGAAGAGCUCCAGCCUUACCUGCAGCCUGCGGGAGCAGAAGCACUCACAGUGGGAGUUCCCUGACUGGAUCCCAGUGGCACACAGGUGGACGUGUCUCUCUGACAGCGAGGCUGCCCCGUACCUGCCGGCAGAGGAGCAGUCGCCCCUCUUCUCCAUUCAGCGUGAGGGCAUCAAGGACGAUGGUGCUUUGUACAGGUUAAGCAGGUUCAGUUCUCUGCAGCCCCACCCGGAGCGCUUGGACGUCUCCUUCUUCGUGGGCGGCCCUGUGUGGGCGAUGGAGUGGUGCCCGACCCCGGAGGGCUCUGCAGCCCCGCAGUACGUGGCCGUGUCCUGCCACAGGAGCAUGGAGGAGACGCACAGCGUGUCUGGGCUCCACUCGGGCCCUGCACUCCUGCAGCUCUGGGGCCUGGGCAUGCUGCAGACGGAGCAGGGCUCUCCCAACAAAGCCAGGCUGGCCUAUGCCAUCGCUGCUGACUACGGCUGCGUGUGGGACAUGAAGUUCUGCCCCAGUGGUGCCUGGGAGCCGCCCACUGCAGCCAGGACGCACCCGCAGAUGAGCCGGCUGGGCCUGCUGGCUGCUGCCUUCUCAGACGGCAGGGUGGUGGUGUAUGCCCUGCCCCACCCUGGGGCCCUGCACCACGCCAAGACAACCCAGGUAAAAGAUGGGUCCCUCCACAAGCACCUUAUCUGCAAGGUGCAGUGCAUCGCCACACUUCAGGUGGGCUCCAUCCAGGCAGGUAAUGCAUCUGAGUGUGGACAGUGCUUCAGUCUCUCCUGGAUGCCUUCCAAGCCCCACCAUCACCUGGCAGCAGGGUUUUAUGACGGCACCGUGGCGGUGUGGAACCUGCUCACCAAGUCCCUGCUGCAGUGCGUGCACCAGCCUGACGCCUCCCUCAAGCUCUACCCUUUCCGGUGCUUUCUAGCCCAUGACCACACGGUCCGGAGCAUCGAGUGGUGCAAGGCUGACAGCAACUUCCUGGUCACAGUAGGCAGCGAUCGCAAGAUCAAGUUCUGGGACCUGCGGCGGCUCUAUGAGCCCAUCAACAGCAUCAAGCGGUUCCUGAGCACGGAGGUGGCCUGGCUGCUCCCCUACAAUGGCAUCACUGUGGCCCAGGACAACUGCUAUGCCUCGUACGGGCCCUGUGGGAUCCACUACAUCGACGCUGGGUACCUGGGCUUCAAGGCCUAUUUCGUGGCCCCUCGCAAGGGCACCGUGUGGAGCAUCUCUGGCUCGGACUGGCUGAACACGGUAGCUGCGGGUGACAUCACCGGUGAGCUGGUGGCAGCGGUGCUGCCUGACCUGGCUGUCAACCCCCUCAACGUCAAGCGCUCCUCGGACCGCAGAUUUCCCGUGUACAAAGCUGACCUGCUGCCAUGCAGCCCUGACGGGCCUGAGUGCACCAAGCAGGCACUGCCCAGGACCCAUCGCUACAGUGAGAUGGUAGCCAGGAGCUACAUCCGAUUCCAGGACACAGACCUGCGCAGCUUCCAGAACUUCCCAAGCCGGGAGCCCAUGCGCCGGAUGCACAUGCAGGAGCUGAAGGCGGAGCUGAGCCUUGACCGCCUGCAGCUGGAGGCCCUCCACAAGGUGCGCUUCAGCCCCAACCUGGACUCGCAGGGAUGGCUGGUGUCGGGCGGGCAGGCGGGCAUUGUGCGGGCACACUGCCUGGCAGGGCUGGCCUCCUGUGUGGGCCACCAGCUGCUCCCGGAGUGCCAGGCCCGCUUCAGCCUCCUCUAUGGGGACACACUCAGCAGCCCUGGCCCCCCUGAGCACUCCCCUCUGCCAGCGGAGUAGGGGUGUCAGUCCCUCAUGCUGCUGCCACGUGCUCACCCUGGGCAGGGGCUGGGGCCAGCUGUGCUGGCAUGGGGCUGUGGGCCCUCAGCGCUGCUGCAGGAGGGACAGCUGCUCCCAGCCAUUCCCUGGGAUGCUCUGGACACUUGUCCUCUGGGCCCGGAAGGGUCCGUCUGCACUGUUUGGUCUGAGCUGGGCAGGGGUGAUGGGACCUGCGCAUGUCCCAGGGCUGAGCUGUGGGUCUGACCCCGUGGAAACGCCCGUGGGCUUCAUUAGCACGGAGCUGUGCUUGUGCUGGCCUCCAUCCCCACUGUGCCCCAAGGGGCGGGGAGGGGGCUAGGGGCUGUGGAGUCGCUCACAUUGAGCUUGUGUUCAGCUGUGCAGAAUAAAUGUGG